UUUUUUUUUGUUUUUUUUGUUUUGUUUUUUUUUUGCAAUUACAAACAUUACAUUAAUCUAUUUGUUUAAUAAUGACAUUACUAUUAUUACAAGGAUCACAGUUUUUAUUAAUCAAUAUAUCCAGCAUUAUACAAUCUCUAUUAUUGCUUAUGGGCUCAUUGCUAGUUUUAAUACCUAUUUACCAAACACUGAAUAUAAAUAAAUUAAUAUCAUCCGGAAUAUCAAAAAGCAGUCCAAGUAGAAUAAUACCCUAUAUCAAGAAUGUAUAUUUGAAAUCAUCAUUAAUAUCAUCAUCAACAACAACACCAUUAUCGAUCAAUAGAUCUGCAUUACCAUCCGCUGACAUUGUGACUUCCGAGCUUAAACCUAUAGAUACUCAAGUAUGCUUAUUACCAGAAAUUUCUAGUUCAAUGAUAGCAGGUCUAACUAAUACUGGAAAUUCAUGCUUUUUAAAUUCUGUCUUACAGUCUUUAUCUUCUCUACCGAAAUUACAUGCUUAUUUAGAUCAAAUAAGCAAUGAUUUGUCAAGUCAUAAUUUACCUGUAUCACGUUCAUUACUAAAAACGUUACGACUUUUAUCUACACCUUCUGAUACUGUCUUUCGACCCACAGAGAUUAUUUCUGCAUUAUCAGUAAAUAAUAAGCAAGUUAUUAAUCAAGAACAACAAGACGCUCAAGAAUUAUAUCAAUUGAUAGUCACUGAAUUAGAAAAUGAAAUUAAUCAUAAAUUAAAGUUUAAACAACAAGGCUUUAAAGAUAUUUUAACUUUUAAUUCUAAACAGAACAAAAGUUUAUUAGAAAACCCGUUAACUGGUUUAUUAGCUUAUAGAAUUUCUUGUAUGCAAUGUGGAUAUUCGUCUGGUAUUCCACUUCAAUCAUUUAAUAAUGUUCAACUUACACUCCCUAAUGCUGAUAACACAACAUUGGAUGACUGUCUUCAACAAUUAACAAGUACGGAAUAUCUUACAGAUGUUGAAUGUAGUAAAUGUUUUUUAAUCAAUACAUUACAUGAACUAAAUACACAGAUUCAUUCGUUACAUAAUCACCCUAAGAAAGUCGAAAGGAUGUGUCAAUUAAAAAAGGAGAUAGAGCACAGACUUAAGGUCGGAAAUAUAGAGGAUGAUUUUAAGGGGUGCAUAAACAUGAAUAUCAAAAAAUCGAUUGGAAUUAAAAGUAAACAAUCUUUGUUUGCUAAACCACCUAAAAUUCUUUGUCUUCACUUUGUUCGAUCUGUCUUUUUACCUACAGGUGAAAUGGUCAAGAAUACGUGUCAAGUUAAAUUCCCUUUGAUAUUAGAUCUAUCACGCUAUUGUACAGAUAAUGCUUUAGACAUUCAGCCUCGUUUAUCUAUCUCGACCCCUGAUGAAAAAAAUACAAUAAUGAAAUAUAGACUCAUGAGUACUGUGAUACAUUAUGGAGACCAUUAUUCGGGGCAUUAUAUCGCUUAUAAACGUCGUCUAAUUGCAGAAAAAUGUAAUUGUGAAAGAUGUGGAAAAGAAGAAGGUGGUGAGAUGCUUUUGAGAUCACAUGAUUCUGAAUGGUUUAGAAUUUCUGAUGAUCGAGUUCGUUUAUGUGAUGCUGAAGAAGUUUUAAAAGAAAAUCCCUUCAUGUUAUUAUAUGAAUUGAUUGAAGAUGAAACAACAAAAAGUACACCAACAGAUCAAUUCCAAUUCAUUACUCAAACCUCACUUGCCGACAAUAGUAAAUGUGAACCAAAGGAAUCUGGGAUAUCAAGCGACGAUAAUGAUGAUUUUGAAGAAUGGCUUACAUCCACUAUUCCAGCAGCCCCACCUUCCUCUCCUAUAUUAAAUCCAAUACCACUAAUUAAACCACCACUCAAACGUAAAAAUGUCAAUAAUAAUAAGAGACAUAGUAUAUCUCAUCUUGGUUUAAACCAUCGAUCUAUCCCUAUUCUUACUCAAUAAGUUAUCAUCUACUAUUUAUCUAUCGUUUGCAAAUAAUAUACUUACUAUAAUAUUAAUAAUAAAAACUAUUUAUUUAUUUAUUUA